GAUGAAGAUGAUGAUUUCAUAUAUAUACAAUCUGAAAAUUCCUAGCCUUCAAAAAACGGCACCGAAAUGGUGGUCCAAGAUCAAGACUCCGCACUCCGUGGAGACAUACUGGAAGCAAUCCUCUCACACGCGCCACUCACCGACCUCGUGCCCGCCUCCCGCGUCUCCCAUUCUUGGCGACGCGCCGUCACCUCAUCUCCCUCCCUCCUCUACCGCCUCGAACCCUGGCUCCUCCUCCACAGUACUACUAGUACCCAAACCACCACACACGCCUACGACUCACGCUCCCGCGUGUGGAUCGAAACCAACCUACGGCCGCCGACCGAGCGGGUCCCCACCACCGCCCUCCGGUCAUCCCACCCGAACCUCCUCUACGCGCUCUCCCCCUCCAGGCUCUCCUUCUCCUUCGACCCACUCCACCUCGCGUGGCACCACGCGGACGGCCCGGCCGUGUGGAGAUCCGACCCGGUCGUCGCACUUGUCGGCCGCCGCAUCGUUGUCGCGGGCGGAGGGUGCGACUUCGAGGACGACCCGCUCGCGGUGGAGGUCUACGAUAUCGACUCCCGUGCGUGGAACGCACGCCAGUCGAUGCCAGCAGGGCUAAAAGACUCCGCGGCGUCCACGUGGCUAUCCGCAGCUGUUUAUAAGAACCAUAGGCUUUUCGUCACCGAGAAAAAUUCCGGCGUGACACACACGUUCGAUCUGGAGACUAACGUCUGGCGCGGACCGUACGAUAUGCGUCCGGAUUCAUCUGUGUUUUCCGUUGCGAUAACGUGUUUCGAAGACCGUCUGAUUCUGGUCGGGUUAUUGGGAGAAGCUGAGAACGUCGGAGGGGUGAGAUUGUGGGGAGUGAAUUGCGAAAGCUUCGAGUGCGAAUUGAUGGGAGACAUGCCGGCGGAGCUGGUAGAGAAACUAAGGAGCGGAAGUUAUUGUGUGGCGUCCGUUGGUGUCUGUUUGGCGGGAAAUAUUUUGUAUAUUUACGAUCCGGCGAUGCUUGAAGAGAUAUUUACGUGCGAGUUCGAUGGGAAUGGCGGCGGGUGUAGGUGGGGGAGCGUACGGAGUCACCGGAGUUCAAUGGAGAGGGUGGUGUUUACAGGCUUGGAGGUCGGUAUUCGUGAGGUGCACAAGGCGUUGGCGGCGGAGAGGAGGAGGUUUACGGCGGAGGCGAGUCGGGUUGAGUGAGUUGACUUGGGUCGACGGAUGAUAUAUAUACUCAGUUUCCAAUUUUAUUUAUUUUCAAAUUCUGUCAUUUAUCGAACCAAAGAAAUUAUGAAAAAAAAAAUUAUUUGUUUGGUACAAAGAUGUCAAUUGAUUUUUUGUUUGGUGCAAACAAAUUUGGAAGAGUAUAGAUGAUUUCUUAAUUGUAAGUGUCAUUUUAUAGACAUUCUUGUAGUAAGUUUCAUCUCAAAGAAUUACCACACACACAAAAAAAAAAAGUUUCAUCUCAAAGUUGAGGUUAUUAUUUGAAUUAUUUGAAUUCAA